AUGGAGGCACCUGAACAAUUAACAGCUGAGACUCGGGUCGCGUUAGACGCCGGUAACGGUGAUAACGAAAUCGAGGAGGUCGUUGAGCUCGAGAGGAGGACUCCUGAAGAAGGAAACAACGCUGAGGCCAAUGAUGCCGAAGACAACCCCGAAGCGGUGAACGCUGCCUCGCCACCAAUGCCGAAACGGAAAGUUGUCUGGCCUUGCGAUGUGCCUGCUUCUUCUCUGUCUCCAACGGUGAUUCGCUCCACACUCGAGGCCUGCAGACUCACAGAUGACGCUGUCUUUAUCACUCCCGACGCCGGAGAUCGCCCAUGGGACGUCCCCGAAGACUUCCUCUGCAUUUACUUGACCUACUUCAUGCAAUGCGCGCUUACCUUCCUGAUUCCUUUCCGCCUUCUUGGAUACUGUAAUCGUCGAGGCGUAGCUCUCACUCAGAUGAUUUCAACGUCAGUGACAAACUACACAGACUUCCGGUCCUUGUGCGCCGAGCUCAAUGAAAAUCCAACUAACCGACUCUUUGAGGACCAUUUCUCGGUUAACCUGCACGCGUCGAAGGAUUGGUAUUUCGCAGCUAACACCAAACCUCAGAAAGAUAUCGUCACCGGGAUCAAACCCAGUCGUCAUCUUCCAAGUUGUCUACUCAAUUUCGGACUCACUCCUGAAUUCCAGGCAGCUUUUAGUGAAGCCGGUAAGCGUCGCUGGCCCGAAGCUUGGGAUGAGAUACUCCAACGUCAAGCUAAGAAAUUAGCCUCAGUUAAGGAGCCAAAGCCUCUGAAACCAGAAAGCCGAGCUAAAAAGCCUCGACGUCCUCCUAGACGGAAAGCGCCAAAACUAAAAAAGAAGCGUUCGACAAUGCUUUCGUUGGAUGAAAUCCCGACUCUCUUAGAUGAUGACGAGCCGAACGAUGCAAUGCUAAAUCUUGUUCCCACUACUAAAGGGGACAAACAGAGAGUUGAGGAAAUGGCUCUGAUCGCGAACUCACCUGAUCCGGCGGGUCAAAAGAGAUUAAAGAAGAAGACAUCCUCAAAGAAGAUCAAGAGGAUCGAGGGCUCUUCUCAUCCUCAGGAAACGGCCGCCAAACUCAACCCUCCAGUCCCUACUGCAUCAGAGCUCGCUAUUCCUUGGGAUCAGGCUGAAGCCUCAAACAUGAGAAAGGGGCCAAGUAUCGAUGCUUGUGAUGAUCUCUACCACAAGAUCUCGAGCGAGGUCCCGAGUCUUCCAAAGAUCUCCAAGCUGCGGUUCCCGAACCUGUACAAGGGAAUUGCACACACAACUGCCGUGCUCGCUAGUCAAACCAAUACUCUGAUCGCAGGAUAUGAAGUUGCCCUGUACGAUGAGCAGGUGAGGGUUGCAGAGCUGGAGGAUCGGAUCUCCAAAGUCGACGAACGUCUUGCUACCGAACUCCAGAUAAACAACGAACUCCAUAAUGCUGUCGAUCUGCUGAAGCGGGAAUGCUCAGACCUUAAAGCCGUCAAGGCUGAACUGACGAAGGCUUAG